AUGAUCAAAACAUUUUCGAGAAGUUUUCGAAACAAGGUCAAUGAGUCUGAUAAUAGAUGGGAGGCGGUUGGCGGCGUUGAUGACUUAAUUACAAUUAUUAAACAGUUAGGGCAAGAUUAUCGGGAGUUAGAUAGCCACAACAAUUGGCGAGAAGAAUCAUCCAUAUGGGGACGUCUGGCGAAAAAUUCAAAAUUAAUUAAAAAAGAUGCAAGUGCCAGAAAAUGGCUUUAUACCGUGUGGAGGCAGGAUCGUCGUUCAAUUCGAACCACAUUUUUUAAAGACAAGAUAGUCACAAAUUUACCAGCACCAUUAGAUAUUUCAUUAUCAAUGAAUUUAUCCGCAGAACCGAAAAAGACAUUUCCUAGUAAAGCUGGACGUCAUCAUGUGGGUUACAUACAUACAGCGGGUGAAUACCCGUUUUGUGUUCAUUUUCUUACUGAAAUGCAAAUUGAUAGAUAA